UACUUUUAUUUGAAAUAGCUUAGUUUUUUUAACCUCAAUUCAGCCGCUUAUCGGACGUGCACAUCGAUUGAAGUGUUUUUAAGGUUUCGAAGAUCAGUUAAAGCUCUGAUAUGUUUGCUAAAUCGGACUUUUUCAGCCGUGUUUUUACGUAACAGUGAGGACAAAGUCUCCCCCCGGCUAGUGCCAUGCAGUCCUUCUGUUUUUAGCGGAUUACUGUAUAGCUGUAAUUAGGGAAAAAACACAAGUUAUAAAGACGGUGAGGGAUAAUUUAACGCCUCUACUUGGUUUUAUGUUUCCUGCUGCAGAAGAAUGGCAGAAAUCCCAGAGGACGUUCAGAGCGACGACUGCUUGAGCAGCUACACUCACAUCUACAGUCCAGACCUGCUCAAGGAUCAAGUGGCCUUUAUAACAGGUGGAGGUUCUGGAAUUGGGUUCCGUAUUGCUGAGAUUCUGAUGAGGCAUGGGUGUGACACAGUCAUUGCCAGCAGGAAUCUGGAAAAGCUCACUGAGGCGGCAAAGAAGCUGACUACUGCGACGGGCAGACACUGCUUGCCCCUGCAAAUGGACGUGCGUCAGCCAGACGUUGUCUCUGCCGCGGUGGACGAGGUGCUGAAAGAGUUUGGACGUGUGGACAUUCUCAUCAACAAUGCAGCAGGGAAUUUCCUAUGUCCUGCCACCUCUCUUUCCUUCAAUGCUUUUAAGACUGUCCUGGAGAUUGAUACCAUGGGAACCUUCAACACCAGCAAAGUCCUCUACGAGAAAUGGUUUAAGGAUCAUGGAGGCUCCAUCGUGAACAUUUCAGCAACCCUGGGCUACAGGGGUCAGGCACUCCAGGUGCAUGCUGGGUCAGCGAAAGCCGCUAACGAUGCCAUGACUAGACAUUUGGCAGUUGAGUGGGGUCCCAGUGGAGUGAGAGUGAACACAGUGGCACCAGGACCCAUCUCUGGGACUGAGGGCUACCGCCGACUCGGAGGAUCCCAUGCAGAGAGCUCAGGAGUUUUCCAGGGCAUUCCUCUACAGAGGUCCGGGAAUAAGACUGAAAUGGCUCACGCUGUGCUCUUCCUGGCCAGCCGCGCUGCGUCAUACGUCACUGGCACCACGGUGGUGGCGGACGGAGGGGCAUGGCUCACCUCGGCCAAUGACGUGGAGCGUCUGCUGGGUAUAACCUCCUCUCCCUCUGCUAAACUCUGAGAGACAGAGACAGCACCGCACACAGGUUUCUGGUCAGCAGAGAAGAGGAAGGACAAAUAGCCUGAUUUAAAGGGAGGGAGAUGGAAAGAAGUAGAGAGCUCACUCCCUGUGUGCCUAACCAGAUCAAAACUGUCCAUAAUAUACAUUGAGUAUUGAGAAACAUUUCAUUCGGCUGAGCCAUUUCAUCACGUGUUGCAUGAUGGAUAUUACCAUCUCAGACUGGCUCAUUAAAAGUCCAACUUUGCCUUUCAAGUUGGGUUACACGUAAUUCUUAAAAUCUAAAGCCUAGUAGACUGAUUUUCCUGAUUUUAAUCCAGACCAGUAACCUUUGAAAACUGUUUGCUCAGUGUUCUUAAUGAACAUAGUUCUAUUCGUUUAUAUCUGUACUAAACACUACAUGUGAGGAGAUUGUAAUAAUGGAAAUAACUGGAGAAUUGCAAAGAGGAUUAUCAUGCAUUUCUAAGCAUUGUACAUAUAAUUUCAGCUGAAUGCAGUUUGAUAGUGUACGCAGGUUUCAUAAUAAAUCUUUUUAUAAUUUA